CGUUCCCAGGUGCUUUUGUAGUAUUUUUUUUUUGUCAAAGGCGGCGAUGUGUUUCUUAACGAAGUCAGUUGUACAAGUUGCUGACGUUUUUGUUGUUUUGUGAAGAAAGAAGGAUGACUACCGCGUUGCUGUCCCGAUGGUGGACUACUACAAUGACGAGGAGGAGCUGGACAGCGUAGAGGACGACGAGGAUCGUAGUUUCAGGGGCAGAGACUCGGAGGAAGACACAGAAGAUGCUAGUGAAACGGACCUGGCCAAGCAUGAUGAGGAUGAUUACGUAGAAAUCAAAGAACAGAUGUACCAGGAAAAGCUGGCAUCUCUGAAACGACAGCUGCAGCAGCUUCAAGAAGGUACGCUACAAGAAUAUCAGAAAAGAAUGAAGAAGCUGGACCAGCAGUACAAAGAGAGACUGCGCAAUGCAGAUCUUUUCCUUCAGCUUGAGACUGAGCAGGUGGAAAGGAACUACAUCAAGGAAAAGAAAGCGGCUGUAAAGGAGUUUGAAGAUAAAAAAAUAGAACUGAAGGAAAAUUUAAUUGCUGAACUAGAAGAGAAAAAAAAGAUGAUAGAAAAUGAAAAACUCACCAUGGAAUUAACAGGAGAUUCUAUGGAAGUUAAACCAACUAUGACAAGGAAGUUAAGACGCCGUCCAAAUGAUCCAGUCCCCUUACCGGACAAACGACGGAAGCCAGCCCCUGCUCAGCUAAACUACAUGCUCACAGAUGAACAGAUAAUGGAGGACCUGCGAAUGCUGAACAAAUUGAAAUCUCCAAAGCCACCUGCGUCUCCUUCAUCUCCUGAGCUCCUCCCCACGACCCCCACAGAGUCCCCAGCACACCGCUUUGAAGCACGAAUUGAAGAUGGCAAGCUCUAUUAUGAUAAGAGGUGGUAUCACAAGAGCCAGCCCAUUUAUUUGGAGUCUAAAGAAAGCACAAAGAUCAGCUGCGUCAUAAGCUCAGUGGGGACGAAUGAGAUUUGGGUACGAAAGACCAGUGACAGCACUAAAAUGCGGAUAUACCUAGGACAGCUUCAGAGAGGAGUAUUUGUCAUUCGACGGAGGUCUGCUGCAUAAGUUUCUCUUAUACUCUUGGUAGUGGAUUCGUCCCCCCCAAUCCCCCCAACUUUGGUUAAUUUCCCUAUUCUAAGUUUAAAACCAUCGCCUUAUUCACUUUGGCUCAGUCUCACCGCUAAGGCUCUUGGACUCUUAACGUGGCGUUUGCUGGGGUAACUGAAUGCCAAACACAUUUUUGCCAUAAUUACUUUUGUAAAUAAAGGUGGUAUCAAUAAAAUGUUCAUUUCUCAUAA